AUGGAGAUCAGAACCCUGUACUCGAUGUUGCUGGCUUCCUUUGUCGUUUAUCGGGUUUGUCUUGCCGUCUAUCGUGUUUUCUUUCAUCCAUUGGCUAAAUACCCUGGACCGCUUGUUGCAAAGCUUACGAGCCUGUACAUGGUUGCCACGGCUGCUAUGGGCAGGAACACGUAUGUGCGCAACGACUUGCACGUCAAGUUUGGCAAGAUUGUCCGCACCGGUCCGAACGAACUUUGCUUUGCCGAUGAAGAAUCAAUUAAGGAUAUAUAUGGGCAAACAGCUGAAGCCUGCGUCAAAGCUUCGGUUUUCUACAAAGGGAUUCACACUAACGGGCACGGAAUCAGUGUUUAG